AAUUAACAUAUAACCAAUCAAAUAUGAUUAAAUAUUUUGUCAAUUAUUAUUAUUAUUAUUUAAUUCAUUGAAUAAAAAUUUCACAUUUUGCUUAUUGUAAUAAUAAAAUACAAUUUAUAAAUUAUGAAUUUAAUUAAAGAAAUUAAUAAAAAAUUAAUUGCAGUUAAAAUUAAUUAUUUUUUUCAAUUUUGUGCCAUUUCAUCGUUAUUUGUUUAUAUGAAUCCAAUACUUGCUACAUAUGGUUUAAAUUCAUAUCAAUUAGGAAUUACAUCAUUAUUUUCAAAUGCUUGUUCAUGUAUUUCAAGAAUUAUAUUUGGUAUGAUUGCAGAUCAUACAAAACAUCGUAAUUAUGUUUUAAUGGCUUUAUCAUCUACAUCACUUGGUUUAAUGUUGUUAUUUUUAACGAUACCAAUAAAUAAAGAAUAUUUAUUUAAUGGGAACAUGAAUGAGAAUGGGGAAUUUGUAAUGCAUCUAACACCAUUAUUAAAAAAUGACAGUCAAAGUAAUUAUAUGGAGACACUGUUUAAUGAUGGAUUAAAUAUACCGCCAUGUUGGCCAAUGGUUUUAAAACAGUGUACAUCCAAUGAAAAUCUCAUUAUAUCAGAAAAGAAUUAUUACCUAAAAGCUUUUAAUUCACACAAAUUAUCAAGAGUUUAUGUUGAAGAUAAAAAUCAUUCAUAUCAUCUGUCAAUACAUGUACAACAGAAGUUCCCAAUAAAUAAAACAAUUCAACUUAGUUGUGUAGAAAUUGAAACAUCGGAUGGAUCUGAUUGUGCGCCACUUGUUUGCGAGCAUAUACAGGAUGCAUCAUGGUCAGUUGUGAUAUUCGUUUUAAUUCUACGCUGUUUAGUUAGCUCAGCUCAUGCACCAAUUUCAAAUCUACUAGAUUCAGUAACAUUUUCAAUACUUGGAUCAGGAAAGGCACAUUUCUACGGUAGAUCAAGAGCACUAGGAUCAUUUGGUUUUAUGAUUGGUUCUCUAUUAACUGGUUUUGCAGUAUAUCAGUAUACAUCAAUAAAUUAUCAUCAUACAAUAAAUGAAACAAACCUGAAUCUUUUAUACUAUACUAAUAAUUCAUUAAAUAUCAACUCAGUGAAUCCGAAUUAUAUACCAGCAAUUAUAAUCGCUUCAUUAUCAGUUGGUAUUGGUACAAUUGCAUCAAUAUUUUGUAACUAUGAUAAUACAAAAACUGUAGAAACACAUUUUACAAAAGCAUUAACCACAGCAAUACGUUCACCAACAAUGAUUCAAUGUUUAGUGGUUGGAUUUAUGACUGGUUUGAUUAUAUCAUUUGUUGGUGAAUAUAAUUAUCUUAUUCUCACCACAAUCUAUCAUGUACCACAUUAUUUCCUAGGUUUAUUAACAACUAUAGCUAUUAUUGUAGAAAUACCAACAUUAUUAUUUAUUUCAGGUAUCACUGUAAAACGCCUUGGUGUGAUUGCAUGUCAAGUAAUAUCACAAAUCAUGUUAACUAUACAUUUCAUAUUUUAUACUUAUUCAACAAAUUAUUGGUAUCUCUUAAUUGGUGAAAUUGCUUACGGUAUAUCUUAUCCAAUUUUAAUGAAUGCUUUAUUAUUACAAACGGAAAAAGUUAGUUUUGAAAAUAUAAAUGAGAAUUAUCAAAUUUUAGCUAGUUUACAAGCUAUACUAACAAGUACUAUGUAUGGUUUAAGCAGUAGUUUAGGUGGAUUAAUAUGGGGUUUACUAUUACAAUAUUUUAAAGCACGUACAUUAUAUUUUAUAGCAUUUAUUUACACUUCAAUUUGUGCAUUAUUUUUUCCAUUUGUUGCAUAUUAUUUAAACAAAUUAAAAUGUUAAAUAUUUUAAAUGUACUUAAAUUAUCAUCUAGUUCACACUAAUUAAACCUAUUGUGAUUAUUUAUUUAUUCAUAAUAAAUAAUAUCAAAUUAAAUAUAAAAUAAACUGUUCUGUAGAGAUCUAUGAUAAAACUAUAAAUUGGGGUGUUCAGAAAGUGAGGGGAAAAUUUUUUUUCUUUCUAAACUACAUAUAUUUGUCAUCGGAUGAUUCUAUGUAGAAGAAAAAUUAAUGAAAUAUUUCUUUUUGUCAAUAAUUCCUUUUAAUGAACUUUUAAUAAAUAAAUGCGUUUCAUCUGAUCUUUUCAUACAAUUUCCUAAAGAGAAUUUUUACUUCAUUAAAACAUGUACAAAUAUUUAUAUUAUGUAAAAUAGACCAAGUAUGAUUGUUUU